GCCCCCAGGCUCGCGAGUGGAACCAAAAUAAACGGGCCCAGCAAUGGAGUGUGGUCUGGCAGCAGGCACGGGGUCCCUCAAGGGAGAGUGCCUCGCAGCUGGUCCCAAGUCGCUGCACGUCAACUUCGAAGGAGGCGACAAGGAGGAGCUUCAGGACCGCAAGAAAAAGUACCUGACAGCCAAGUAUGGCCCGCACCAAAUGAGCCUCAUAAAGAAGCGGCUGCGCGUUGAAAUGUGGAUGUACGAGCAGCUCCAGCGACUCUUUGCCUGCUCGGUGAGUUAG